GCUGACACCAUUCAGACCCAUGUAUCCAAUCACAUAGCUUUACUUUCGCCAAGGACGUGGGUGGCUGCAAGUGGCCUAAAGUAUCUUGGCAGACUUGGAGAGGUUCAUGUCUGAAUAAUGCAAGGAUAAUACUCUGAUAUGCCCUUCUUGCCUGGGAAGGUCCUUUUUAUUGAGAUGGUCACCUCCUACUUAUCUACGAAGUAGGUACAUAUUUGAGGUAGUCACCUACAUACUAGCCAGUUUCCAAACAUCCUCUCGGCAUUUCCAACCAUAGGUUCUGCAUACCUACUAUCUACAUUCUUUGAGUUCACUUUUGCCAUCAUGGGUGCUGGCAAGCGACAUCGCAACUCAGGCGCAAGCCUCGGUGGUGCACACGCCAAAGUCGCCAAGAUUUCUCACUGCCCCAAUAGCGCCGUCGCUGGAGCUUCGCUAGCACAACAGUACAGUGAUCAAGCGCAAACCGCCGUCGAAACUGAUCCUCAGGGUGAUGAACAGGAAGGGAACAAUGAUAUUCUUCUGUCGCUAUUCUACACUUCCGAUGAGCCGAAAUGGCUGAAGCAAAUCAAUGGCUUCGCUAGUAUGAGCCAGAAUCGGGUCGCUAGCUGUGACACCAAGCUGAUCAGGCGCGAUGAAAUCAGAUGUACGUUUUGGGCUGAGAUGGAUGAGAUCAGCAAAGAAAAUUCCUCGCUCGCAUUUGAGCUUUUCGAUAGAUAUGGUCGCUUGAACCGCGAGUAUCGCGAACACGAGGUUCUGAAAGGAUCUGGUGUCUGGGGCCACGAGCUUGAUGACGGCGACAUUCUCGUGAUCGAAACCAUCAAUAUUGAACCUCGUUGUCGUCACCAUGAUGUCGGAACUAAGCUCGUUCAGGGAAUAUUGGGCAAGGCGCGACGAAAAUCUAGGAGCUUCUUUGCCUUUGCCAAUCCUAUGCGGCUCGCGCUAGACCCUAGCCGUGACGACGAAGAGCUGGAUUCGAGCGCCAUUCGCGAGCAAUCGAAAGAGCUAACCUUUCUCUUUCGAUCAUUAGGUUUCAGGAGAGUAGGGACAUCAGAAUGGCUGGCCUUUACUAAUGACAAGGACCAUCCUUCACGUCAAUUAGCUGAAGCACAAGAUUGGGAUGGCCCAGAACAGUCAGGGCAGGAAACGACGCCUGAAGUUCCUGAACCAAUACGUAACAUCUGGAGUUCCUUGUCUGACCCUUCAAUCUCUGGGGUAGAUUGCAUCAAUCAAUUGGAAGAGGUGUUUUCUGUAGAGGAAAACGCACCCUUGCUGAUGCAUGUCGACGAAGCUGGUAAUACAAUCCUUCAUGUAGCCGCAAUAGGCAGAAAAGCAGAACCAGUUUCAUACCUCAUGUCCCAAAAUCCCCAUCUAGCAGAACGACGUAAUUUCAAAGGUUACACGCCUCUGGAAGCACUGCAGAGCAAUCUAGAGGACCAGAGAAGAUGGCGAGUAGUCUUGGGAGACAGCUUUGCAGGCUUCUGCCAGUCGGACACUGCGCGCCUUGCCACUCUGGCAGGCACGGAAAUAUUUGAUCUCACCAAGCUCUCAGACCGGACGAUAUCGGCGAUUUCGUCAGCAACAGAUGAAGUGGCUAGAAGAACCCCCGAAGCUAACUUGAUUCGCAGCACACUACGGCUCAAGCACGGCUGUACCUGUGGGCAGUGCAUUGGUGGAUUUCUAAGUCCCAGGAUGCGAUUUGCACUACUCUCUGAAGCUGAGACUCAGUAUGAUAUAUUACGAAUAUUUCCUAGACCAGAUCCCGAUGGUGCUGAUUGGGUCACGCUCAACGAUGAUGUAUUGCAUUAUCUCCCUCGUGCAGUCAGGGAAAACCUCAAAACCAACAAAUCAAUGAGAGAGGGGUUCAUCAAUAUGUGUAGCCACUUUGCUGGCUGUCUCAGGAAGAAAUACCUACCCGACACAAUGACUGUCCUUAAAUUCUUCGAAGAGGAAGUCAGCGAGUGGCCACCAGCAACCAAAAACUACCUUCAACGAGGUGGCACAGUGGCGGCUGUGGCUUUGAUGCUAUUUGACAGGGUUAUUGACAGAGACGAAUGGGCUGGUGAUGGAACGUUGAUGGAGUUGUUCGAAGAUAAGGUCAACCAGCUUCCCAUCUGCCGAAAUGAUCACGAGUUUUAUUUUGUAAGCAGAAUGUGCGGGUAUGAGAGGAUCUAGCCUUCGUGGUACACUGAGUCUAGGGGACCAGGCAGUCUCAAAGAAUGGAGGCUACGCGAUGGGGAUGUGUACCUAGAUGUCAAGUGUCAAAAGUCCCACAUGGCGAGUAGGGCAACACUAAGGGUCACACUAAGGAUGAGGUAUAAAAGGGACAGACUCGUAGAGGAUCAGAGUAAGGUCAGGUUUCAGUUAUAUUCUACCCUAUACCUAGCGUUCAGUCAAAUCUCUACCACUCUGCACCCGACCCUUGACACUAGAUGUGUUCAAAUCCUACUGCAUAAUCUUCUAAGGCGUUUAGAAGGCCCUACUACUAUUAGUUCCAUUCCUAUCUACUAAUCGGCACCUACUAUGUUACAUGAGUACAAGCUGAACACGCAGAUCACCUUGUCAUUGCAGGUUGCUUAUGAUCUUUAGAGACACGCAGGCAAUACUUGAAUGAGAAGUUAGUCAAGAGGUUUUGCAGAACUAAUAGAUUGUUAUAUUGUGAAUAGCAUGAAGUUCGAAACGCAGAUAUCUAACUUUGUUAUACCCAACUCAUUUCACUUUGUACUUGAAAUCAUGACAAUUA